CCGCCGGUACUGUACUGUUCAUCGACAUUAGUUACGUCGGGAAAGGAUUAUUUCAUCAUUUUGCGAAAUAAUAAUUAAUUUAAUAUAUAUUAAUUAUGGCUAAUCAAUUAUUAUUGUCUGCAAGAAGAUUAGAAAAAAUUUUAUUUGUAUCUGCUCAAAAAGGACACUUCGAUACAUUUCAGUUAAAAAGACAUUUGUCAAUUCUAAAAAGAUGUUACACAAUGCCUGUAAUUGAAGAAUUGCAACAACAAUGGAAAUUGUUGUGCAAGCAACAUCCCAAAGGAUUUGAAAAAUUUUUUAAACGAGGUGGUACGAAACAGACUAAAGUUAAUGAAGAAGGAAAGAAAACAUCGGAGAGUACAUCGAGUAAAGAUACUCAAUCAAGUAGUAGUAGUAGUAAAGAAUCAUCGUCAAGUUCUAAAAGUAGUGGUGAAAUUAAUUGGACGGAGAAAAUUUUUGGCGAAAAUUGGCAACAAAAAAAAGGAGGAAACUCAUUUGGCAAUAACGAUAAAUACAUAUGGGGAGGAUUAAUUUUUGUAGCAACUAUAAGUGCAAUGUUUUAUGCAUUCUCAGACGAUAUAUAUUCACGACAAACAACAUGGAGAGAAUUUGUAAACAAUUAUUUGAGUAAAGGAAUAGUAGAACAGUUGGAAGUUGUAAAUAAAAAAUUUGUUCGAGUCAAAUUGAGUCCUGGUCAUACAAUAGAUGGAUACAAUACACUAUGGUUCAAUAUUGGAAGCACCGAAACAUUUGAAAGAAAUUUAGAAAAUAUUCAAAUAGAAUUAAAUAUAGAACCUGGACAUGAUGUUCCCAUUGUAUAUAAAACCGAAGUAGAACUACCGACUCUAGUGACACACAUGCUGCAACUUGCUUUCUUUGGUUUAGCUAUACUCAUGUUACGACGUUCAAUGGAAGCGAUAAGUGGAAAAGGUGGUCGUAGAAAAGGAUUAUUUGGCGGUGUGAUGGAAUCAACUGCUAAAUUAAUUAAUUCUAAAGAUAUUCAUGUUCGAUUUAAAGAUGUAGCUGGAUGUGAAGAAGCAAAAAUUGAAAUUAUGGAAUUUGUAAAUUUUUUGAAAAAUCCUAAACAGUAUAUAGAUCUUGGAGCAAAGAUUCCUAAAGGAGCUAUGUUGACAGGUCCUCCUGGAACAGGAAAAACAUUACUUGCUAAAGCAACCGCUGGUGAAGCAGAUGUUCCAUUUAUAUCUGUAUCAGGUUCAGAAUUUUUAGAAAUGUUUGUUGGCGUUGGACCUUCUAGAGUAAGAGAUAUGUUUUCUAUGGCAAGGAAGCACGCGCCCUGUAUUUUGUUUAUCGAUGAAAUUGAUGCGGUAGGAAGGAAAAGAGGUAGCCGUAAUUUUGGCGGACAUUCGGAACAAGAAAAUACACUUAAUCAACUUUUGGUAGAAAUGGAUGGAUUUAACACAACAACUAACGUGGUCGUUUUAGCUGCAACUAAUCGAGUGGAUAUCUUGGAUAAAGCACUUUUAAGACCUGGUAGAUUCGAUAGACAAAUUUAUGUUCCUGCACCGGAUAUCAAAGGACGUGCUUCUAUAUUUAAGGUCCAUUUGGCCUGUUUAAAAACACUUUUAGAUAAAAAUGAGUUAGCUAGAAAAAUGGCAUCUUUGACACCUGGUUUUACUGGAGCUGAUAUCGCUAACGUUUGUAACGAAGCAGCUCUCAUAGCAGCUAGAGAUUUAAACGAUAAUAUUUUAUUAAAACAUUUUGAACAAGCUAUAGAAAGAGUAAUAGCUGGUAUGGAAAAGAAAACACAGGUUUUACAACCGGAAGAAAAGAGAACCGUUGCAUAUCACGAAGCUGGUCAUGCUGUAACAGGUUGGUUCUUGGAAUACGCAGAUCCAAUUUUGAAGGUAUCUAUUAUACCAAGAGGAAAAGGAUUAGGUUAUGCUCAAUAUUUACCACGUGAACAGUAUCUUUAUUCGAAAGAACAAUUGUUUGAUCGAAUGUGUACAAUGCUUGGAGGUAGAGUAUCAGAAGAAAUAUUUUUUAAUCGCAUAACAACAGGUGCUAGUGAUGAUUUACAAAAGAUAACAGAAAGUGCAUACGCUCAGAUCGUGCAGUUUGGUAUGAACGAAAAAGUAGGAAACGUUAGCUUUCAAAGACCACAACCAGGUGAAUUUGCUGUGGACAAACCUUAUUCUGAGAAUACAGCACAACUUAUAGACGAUGAAGUACGUCAGUUAAUUGAUAAAGCUCAUAAACACACACAUAGUAUUCUUACAAAGCAUAAGGAAGAUGUAAUUAAGGUAGCCGAGCAUCUUUUAAAACAAGAGAUUUUAAAUAGAGACGAUAUGAUUGCAUUAAUUGGACCUAGACCUUUCAAAGAAAAAUCAACAUACGAAGAAUUCGUCGAAGGCACUGGCUCCUUUGAAGAAGAUACAACAUUACCACAAGGUUUACAGGAAUGGAAUAAAUCUAGAGAUGAAUCUGAUCAAAAACCGGAAGACAAAGCAGAGACCAUACCUCCUACUCCGGCUACAAAAGCUACGUCUACUGAAGUGACUAAAAAUCAACCGUAAAAGAAAUUUUAAUUAUAUUAUUUCAUCAAAGUAUAGUCUGUCAAGUAUAUCAUUCGUACUUUGUAUAUAUAUUAUAACUCAAAAUAUAUUAUUAAAGAAAUUUAGAAUAUAGUAUAUAUAACUAUA